CGAGGUCACCGCGUGCGAGCUCUGCCUCUGCUUCAUCUCAAUGGGCUUCGCUUGGCCCCACGCGGUCGUGGCGUGCCGCCGCAUCCGCGAGGCGAACCCCAAGAAGACGGAGGACACCAAGAUCGACACCUCCGCUGUCGCAGCCGAGGCGGCGGCGCAGGAGGCGGCCGCGCUGGGGCCGCAGCUCUGCGUCAUCCUCGCGCUGGCGGACACGCCGGGCCACGCGUAUGUGUGGCAGAACGCUGUGUUUCGUGUACUUGCUCUCGUCGAUGACGUACGUGUGGGCGGUUGCGGCCUGCGGGCGGUCUCCGCCGAAGGUCGGGGACGCGGCGCUGCCCCCGGAGACCGGCGAGUUCGUGACGUGCCUCGCGCUGGACGCGGCGGCGGCCAUCUCGCUCGUU